GCGGGCCGCGGGGCGGGGCGGCGGGCACGGCCCGGCUCUGCUCGGCCCGGCCCGGCUCGGCUCGGCUCGGCAUGCUGCUGCGGGUGCGCACCGCCGUGGCGCAGCUGGUGGCGGGGCUGGGCGCGGGGGCGGGCGGGCAGCCCCCCGCGGAACCCGGCGGGGACGAGGGGUCGCCGGCGGACGCCUCCUUCUGCCGGCCGGCCUUCCUCCAGCUGACGGCCGAGGAGCUCCGCCGCGCCGACGACCACGCGGGCCGGGCGGUGCAGAGCCCCCGCGACGGCCGCCGCCGCCUGCCCUGGAGCACGGGCUACGCCGAGGUGAUAAAUGCAGGGAAGAGCCAGCACAACGAGGACCAGGCAUGCUGUGAAGUGGUGUUUGUGGAGAGAAGGCCCAGCCCGAGGGGCCGGCUGCCAUCCAGGGAAGGCGGUGGGGAGCUGGACAGGGGCAGGAAGGGGUUUUAUUUCCACUACUGGGCCUUGUUUGACGGCCAUGCGGGCAGCGGUGCUGCUGUCAUGGCAUCCAAGAGGCUUCAUCUGCACAUCUGUGAGCAGCUCCGGGACCUUGUGGACAUCCUGCAGGACCCCUCCCCGCCUCCCAUCUGCCUCCCACAUGAUGUGACAGCUGGCCCCGCAGAGCCGAGCCGGGUGCCCCUCGCCGAGGACAACGGGGAGGUCCCCAAUGAUGCUGUGCCGCGGUUUCACCUGGAGAAAGCGGUCUCUCAUGAGAGCCUGGUGAUCGGUGCCAUCGAGAACGCCUUUAAGCACAUGGACGACCAGAUCGAGCGGGAGCGGGUGUCCCAGCACCUGUCUGGGGGCUGCUGCGCCCUGGCUGCCGUCUACCUCCUGGGCAAGUUCUACGUGGCCAACGCAGGUGACAGCAGGGCCAUUAUCAUCCGUAACGGGGAAAUCAUUCCAAUGUCCAGGGAGUUUACUCCAGAGACAGAGAGGCAGAGGCUGCAGUUUUUAGCGUUCCUGAGGCCUGAGCUGCUGGGGAAGGAGUUCACGCACCUCGAGUUCCCCCGCAGGAUUCAGCCCAAGGAGUUGGGGAAGAAGAUGCUGUACAGAGACCAAAACAUGAAUGGCUGGGCUUACAAAAAGAUAGAAGAGGAUGAUCUGAAGUUUCCACUUAUCUAUGGGGAAGGCAAAAAGGCUCGGGUGAUGGCCACGAUUGGGGUCACGCGCGGCCUGGGAGAUCACGACCUCAAGGUGUUCAGCUCCAACAUCCACAUCAAGCCUUUCCUGUCCUGCUUCCCGGAGGUCAGGGUUUACGACCUCACGCAGUACGAGCACUGCCCUGACGAUGUCCUGGUCUUGGGCACCGAUGGGCUCUGGGAUGUCACCAAUGACAAGGAGGUGGCCAGCGUGGUGAUGGAGGUGCUGACGAGCUAUGAGCCCAACGACCCGUGCAGGUACACCAUGGUGGCCCAGGAGCUGGUGGUGCGGUCCAGGGGGGUGCUGAAGGAGCGGGGCUGGCGGCUGGCCAACGACAAGCUGGGCUCCGGCGAUGACAUCUCUGUCUUCGUGAUCCCUCUGGGCGGUCCGGGCAACUACACAUGAUGACCGAAGAGCCUGGGGCAGAGGGGCUCGCCUUGCCUGGACGGAGACGAGCAGGACACCGGUGCUGCCUCAGGGCCACCUCUCCCUCAAGCACUUGUUUCCUGAGCCAACCGUGAGCAGAGUGAGAAACUUGGAGCCCGUCUGCCCCAGCCCCUGCCCAGAGCAUCCCCCUCCACCUGCUGCAUGCCAGCCCUGGGUGGAGAUGGAGAGGCCUUGGACAGAGAGCAGGGACUGGGGUCGAGGGAUGUUUUUUGUGCUGCCACUUUCUUGAUUGCUGUGAAAAGCCAAAAUCCUCCCUGGCUUCUCGGCGCAUCCUUUGCCCCUCACUCUGGAGCCGGGUGCGCUGGUUCCAGCAGCGUGUGAUGGCCGUUGGGCUGGUGGGGGCACUCGUACCUGGAGAAGCAUGUGCUUGCUGCUGCAGUCAUCUCCUCUGCCCCCCCACCCCCGUGACACUCGCACCAGUGACACCGAAGCUGCUGUUGGGGCUGGGUGCUGGGGCUAGGACGGGCCGUGGCCUGGGGUGAAGCCCUGCCAGCAGCUGGUUGUGGAUGGCGUGGUGGUGGGCGAGCCCCAUAACUUGACAUCCCAUCUUUGUGCUUGCCCUCUCCGGCCCCUCGUGGUCCUGCGUGGCCUCCGUCCCAGCCACGUACCUCGUCUUAGUCUCUGGUUUGGGAGGAUGGGGCAGUGCUCGGUCGCUGCGGCGCACCGAGAGCCCCCGCGAAGGAAUGAGCUGUUGCACUUGCACUGGCUGUGCCACGGGUUCUGCCCCCACCCCUCUUCAGGCCUUGGAUCACUGCUGUGUUUCUGGAGCCAAUUAUUUAUUAUUAACUGGAGAGCUGAGCUGGAAAAUGUCAAAAUCCUUUCUUGGUGUGGGGAGUCGAUGGGAAUAUAUGUCUAUAUUUUUGAGUGGUUCGAAGUUGGCCACUGCUGAGCAGCAGUUGCACACAGAGCAGCCCUAUUCAGCCAAGCUUAACAGCUUAAACAUGCUGCAUGGAUCUGCUUAGCCGAGGGCUGGACACCCACAAUAAAAGCAGCUUGGUUGUGACUGGGGAGGGGGGAAGACAACUCCCUCCUUUUUCUUAAUAAUCUCAAAGCUGGUGCUGAGCAGAGCUGUAGCCACAGUUGAUCUCUGCACAGGAUCUUAUUUGGCAUCACACGCAGCUCUGACCCGGAGAAUGCAUUUCCUGGACCUCUGCAGAGCCUUGCAUCCUCCCAAACUGGGAAGGAUGGUCCCAUCCUGGCAGUGUGGUCAUGGGGAGAGCUGGGCCGUGGUCCCUUGUUUUGGAAAGGCUCUGCGGCACCGGUGGUUUGUGUCCUGCUGUGGCUGGGUGCAGCCAGCUCUUGUCAAGUGUCACCUCUGGUGAAUGUUGUUUGUCUCUUGUAAUCAGUGAGAUGUAAAUAAACUGGGUGCACUUAAUGGGAAGUGAAAGUUAUCCAGUGAGAUUUUAACCUAUUGACAUCUUCUGUGCUGAAGAGAGCAGGGAGCGAUACCGGGGCCGGGAGCCUGUCCUUGCGUAGCACUGUGUGUUUAAAUAAA